UCGGCCUUUUCCGCCCGCUCCCCCCUCCCCCCGAGCGCCGCUCCGGCUGCACCGCGCUCGCUCCGCGCUGUCAGGCUAGCGCCGCUGUCCCCAGCCGUCACCAUGAUUAUCUACCGGGACCUCAUCAGCCAUGACGAGCUGUUCUCCGACAUCUAUAAGAUCCGGGAGAUCGCGGACGGGCUGUGCCUGGAGGUGGAGGGCAAGAUGGUCAGUAGAACAGAGGGUGCCAUCGAUGACUCGCUCAUUGGUGGAAAUGCUUCCGCUGAAGGUCCGGAGGGCGAAGGUACCGAAAGCACAGUAGUCACUGGUGUUGACAUUGUCAUGAACCAUCACUUACAAGAAACCAGCUUCACAAAAGAGGCCUACAAAAAGUACAUCAAAGACUACAUGAAAUCACUCAAGGGCAAACUAGAAGAACAGAAACCAGAAAGAGUAAAGCCUUUCAUGACUGGAGCUGCGGAGCAAAUUAAGCACAUCCUUGCUAAUUUCAAUAACUACCAGUUUUUUAUUGGUGAGAACAUGAAUCCAGAUGGUAUGGUUGCUCUCCUGGACUACCGUGAAGAUGGUGUGACUCCAUUCAUGAUUUUCUUUAAGGAUGGCUUAGAGAUGGAAAAAUGUUAACAAAUUGGAUCUAUCACCUGUCACCAUAAUUGGCUGCUGCUUACAUCCAUACAACACCAGGACUUUAGGACAAAUGGGACUGAUGUCAUCUUGAGCUUUUAUUUUGACUGAUUUAUUUGGAGUGGAGGCAUUGUUUUUUUAAGAAAAAAACAUGUCAUGUGGGUUGUCUAAAAAUAAAGUGCAUUUAAAUUCA